AUGCCAGCUGGUGAUGGUGAUGCUGAAUCACGGAUUUAUCGUCUCUCCGGGUUCCCAUCUCUUGCACACUUUAUCGCAAGUGAUCGCGAUCGAACGACCUUCAUAUUCAAGCGAUACGACGAGCUUGCAGCUAGAAACCUGCUGUACCUACAAAGUGAACUCGCGGAACUUCAGGCUAAGCAACGCGCUUUCGACCAAGAGGAUCUUGCAGCAGAUCUAAGCACAAAACAAUGCGCACGUAACUACUCAAACUUUCAGACGGCGGUAGUCGCAGAUGAGACAAAACAAAAAGAACGAUGGAAGUUGAUGAAAGAUAUCCGAGAGACAUUGAAGGAAUACCGAGAAGCAUUACUAUUCGAGAGCACAUUAGCAACACUUCCAAGACCAUCUAAAGGCGUUCUACGCGCCUUCCAAACCGAGUUCUAUAACCAGACUGGAGGCAAGGGCGAGCCUUUUCCUACCCUCGGUGGGCAUAGCGCUGGAAUAUAUGACGAUAUCGACGAUCUAGUCGCUUUACGAGUCCAGGAGGACCAGGAUAGAUUGACGACGUUCGCGCAAGAGCAUUUAGCCUUCCUAUUUCCAGAUCGGAAGCGUUCCCGCCAUGGGAUAGCUUACGCUUCGGACCGAGCCAUUAGCUCUUUCGUAGCAUGGUUCAGCACUUUCUUAGCAGCAGUACUACUCAUAGGCGCCAUCGUCGUGCUCUACAAAGUGACGUCGUCGGAUUGGAGGUUAGGAUUAAUUGCGGCAUUCACCACCUUGUUCGCUGGCAGCGUGGGUCUCUUGACGAAUGCACGAAGAGCAGAAUUGUUCGCGGCAACAGCAGCAUACGCAGCCGUCCUCGUAGUCUUCGUAAGCGGAGAUCUAGGAAACAGUCAAUCAAACACAGCGCCACCAGGCUAG